GAAAGCCCCAGGCCGCAGGGGAGAGCCAGGCGCAGGUCAAGGGGCAGUGCCGGCUUAAGAGAGCCCCGGGCGCGCUCCUCGGGCCACCUGCGGCUGCGGCGAGGCCCCGCCAGCCGAGGCGCGCGGGCAGGGCGCUCUCUGAAGAGCUGGGCGCGGGCUCCAGGGUUCUGAGCGUCCCCAAACCCGGGGAGAGUUCGAUAAAAGCAAGAAACCUUCGCUAACAAAAUGAAGAUCCUAAUUUUAUUUGUCCUGAUCCUUUGGACUGAAACAUUGGCAGAUCAGAGUCCAGAGCCAGGUCCUCAGUAUGCAGAUUUGGUGUUCCUGCUGGACAGCUCUGAUCACCUGGGGACUAAGUCCUUCCCUUUUGUGAAGACAUUCAUCACCAAAUUGAUCAGCAGUCUCCCCAUAGAGGCCAACAAAUACCGCGUGGCCCUGGCUCAGUACAGCGACAAGAUCCACAGUGAAUUCCAGCUGGGCACCUUCAAGAGCAGGAACCCCAUGCUGAACCACCUCAAGAAGAACUUCAACUUCAUUGGUGGCUCCCUACGGAUAGGAAAUGCCCUCCAGGAGGCUCACAGAACCUAUUUCUCUGGACGUGCAAACGGUAGAGACAAAAAAGAGUUCCCCCCGAUUUUGGUGGUCCUGGCUUCAGCUAAGUCCGAGGAUGACGUGGAAGAGGCUUCCAAGGCCCUGCGGAGAGACGGGGUGAGGAUCAUCUCUGUGGGGGUGCAGAAAGCUUCUGAGGAGAACCUGAAGGCCAUGGCCACGGCUCAGUUUCAUUUCAACCUUCGGACGGUCAGAGACCUCAGCACGUUUUCCCAAAACAUGAUGCAGAUCAUCAAGGAUGCGGUUCAGUACAAGGAGGGAGAAGAUGACACUGAUAUAGAAGUUCCCUUCCCUGUGGCCUGCCAGAAAGAUUCCCUUGCUGAUGUCGUUUUCAUGGUGGACGAGUCACUGGGAACCAGAGAAAACUUAAGGAACUUACAGAACUUCCUGAAGGACAUUACCGUCUCCCUGGAUGUGAAGGACAAUUGCAUGCGGAUUGGACUUAUGAGUUACAGCAACAGAGCUAAGACUAUUUCUUCUCUGAAAUCAAGCACAACCCAGUUUGAAUUUCUGGAGCAAAUCCAGAAGCUUUCUCUCCAGGCUGGGAAAUCCAAUGCUGGGGCUGCCAUUGACAUGAUGAGGAGAGAAGCCUUUUCAGAGUCAAGUGGCAGUAGAAGGGCACAGGGGGUGCCUCAGAUCGCAGUUCUGGUCACUAACAGGCCAUCAGAUGAUGAGGUGCGUGAGGCGGCACAGAAACUUCUGCGGGAGGAUGUAAUUGUGUUUGCCAUGAGCAUCCAAGGGGCUAACAAUACGCAGUUAGAAGAAAUAGUGUCUUACCCUUCGAGACAGAGGGUUUCCACGCUGAAGUCCUAUGCAGACUUGGAACGUUAUAGUAGGAUCUUUCAGAAAAAACUCCAGAAUGAAAUAUGGGAUCAAAUUUCUAUUCGUGCCGAACAAAGGAAUCUUGAUGAGACUGGUUGUUUGGAUACAAAAGAGGCUGAUCUCUAUUUCCUCAUUGAUGGCUCAACCAGCAUCCAGAACGAACAGUUUGAGCAAAUCAAGAGAUUUAUGUUAGAGGUGACAGAAGUGUUCAGCAUUGGCCCAGGCAGAGUCCAAGUUGGAGUUGUGCAGUAUUCACAUGAGAUCAGAGAGGAAUUUUCUAUCGGUGUCUAUUCUAAUGAUGUGGACUUAAGGAAGGCUGUUUUGAACAUCAAGCAACUGACGGGUGAUACUCACACCGGGGCAGCCCUGGCCUUCAUGCUGCCAAAAAUAAGGGAGGGAAGGAAGCAGAGGCCAAGCAAGGUUCCCUGUUACCUCAUUGUGCUGACUGAUGGGCAGUCCCAGGACCACCACCGCAUCCUGGAAACUGCUAACAGGAUAAGGGCUGAAGGGGUCACCAUUCACGCAGUUGGCAUUGGGGAGGCUGACAAAACGGAGCUGCAACAAAUUGCUGGGAAUGAAGAAAGAGUUCACUUUGGGCAGAACUUUGAUUCUUUAAAAAACAUAAAAAGUGAAGUUGUUCACAGCAUCUGCACUGAGAAAGGAUGUGAAGACAUGAAGGCUGACAUCAUGUUUCUGGUGGACAGUUCUGGCAGUAUUGGACCUGAGAAUUUUGGGAAAAUGAAAACCUUCAUGAAAAACCUGUUAGCUAAGAUUCAAAUUGGUCCUGACAAAACCCAAAUUGGUGUCGUUCAGUUCAGUACUGAUGCUAAGGAAGAGUUCCAGCUUAAUAAAUACUUUACACAGAAAGAAAUUUCAGAUGCCAUAGACCGAAUGUCUCUCAUCAACCAAAACACUUAUACUGGACAUGCACUGGAGUUUGUAGAUCAGUACUUCAGCCGCCUCAAGGGGGCCCGUCCUGGGGUCAAAAGGUUUCUCAUCCUCAUCACGGAUGGAGAAGCACAGGAUGGUGUGAGGGACCCUGCUAGAGCUCUUCGGGAGAAAGAGGUGGUCAUAUUCUCUGUGGGAGUGUAUGGUGCCAAUAGGACUCAGCUAGAGGAGAUCAGUGGGGAUGGCAGCCUCGUCUUCCAAGUUGAGAAGUUCGAUGAUCUCAAGGCAAUAGAAAGUAAACUCGUCUUUCGUGUGUGUGCUCUCCAUGAUUGUAAAAGGAUUAACCUGUUAGACAUCGUGUUUGUGCUGGACCAUUCAGGCAGCAUAAAUUCACAACAGCAAGAAAGCAUGAUGAACCUAACUAUCCAUUUGGUGGAGAAAGCAAAUGUUGGCAGGGACCGAGUUCAGUUUGGAGCUCUCAAAUAUUCUAAUGACCCUGAGGAUCUUUUCUACCUUAAUACGUACUCAAAGGGAGCAGCAAUCACUGAGGAUCUGAGGAGGCGCAGGAGCACAGGCGGGAAUACCUUCACAGCCAAGGCUCUAGAGCACGCAAACAGCCAGUUCACUGAGAAACAUGGCAGCCGCAUCAAGCAAAACGUGAAGCAGAUGCUGAUCGUCAUCACUGAUGGGGAAUCUGAUGACCGAUCGCAGCUCAGUGACACAGCACUGAAAUUAAGAAACAAAGGCAUUAUCAUCUAUGCAGUGGGCGUAGGAAAGGCCGACCAAUAUGAACUUGAGGCUAUAGCAGGGGAUAAAAACAAUACUAGGCAUGUAGAUAAUUUUGACGAACUGAAAGAUACUUACCAGUUUCUACAAGAGGGUAUGUGUGCCAAUGCACAAGAGGUCUGUAAAAUUCAAGAAGCCGAUGUGAUUUUCCUUUGUGAUGGCUCUGACAGGGUAUCUGAUUCAGAGUUUGUUACCAUGACAACUUUCUUGUCAGACUUAAUUGAUAAUUUUGACAUUCAGUCUCAAAGAAUGAAAAUUGGGAUGGCUCAAUUUGGGAGCCACUACCAAGAAAUUAUUCAGUUGAAAAACUCUCUGACUAAAACCGAGUGGAAGAUGCAAAUUCAAACUAUCACCAAGAACCAUGGGCAUCCGAAAAUUCACUUGGCCCUUGAAGAAGUGGCAUUGAUGUUUCGUCCAUCUGCUGGUGGGAGAGGAAAAGCUGGUGUCCCUCAAACUUUGGUUGUUAUCACAUCUGGGGAUCCCCGCUAUGAUGUGUCAGAUGCAGGAAGAAUCCUGAAAGACCUAGGAAUUUGUGUCCUGGUUUUGGGCAUAGGGGACAUUCAUAAGGCGCAGCUUCUGCCAAUAACAGGCAAUUCUGAAAAAAUAAUAGCCUUUCAAGACUUCAAUAAAUUAAAGAGUGCAGACGUGAAGAAAAGAAUUGUCCGUGAAAUCUGCCAGAGCUGUGGGAAAAUCAAUUGCCUUGUGGACAUAGUGGUCGGGUUCGACAUUUCAACUCACCUACUGGGACAGCCGUUGUUCCUUGGCCACCCCCAACUGGAAUCAUACCUCCCAGGCAUCUUAGAGGACAUCACCUCCAUCAGGGGGGUGAGCUGUGGGAGAGGUGCAGAGGUGCAGGUGAGCGUAGCCUUUAAGGUGAACAGUAACCUAGAAUUCCCUGUCAAGUUCCAAAUCUACCAGAAAACGGUAUUUGACAGCUUGCAGCAAGUCACGGUCAAUGGGCCAACUCAUCUGAAUGCAGAGUUCUUGCAGUCGCUGUGGGACACGUUUGAGGAUAAAUCUGCAUCCCGAGGACAGGUGCUUCUCAUCUUUUCAGAUGGUCUUGGAGGUGAAAGCACCACAAUGCUUGAACAGCAGUCGGACAGGCUCAGAGAAGCAGGACUUGACGCUCUGCUGGUGGUAUCGCUAAACACAAAUGCUCAUGAUGAGUUUUCCAGCUUUGAAUUUGGGAAAGGAUUUGAUUACAGGACCCACCUGACCAUUGGAAUGAGAGAACUGGGCAAAAUGCUAUCACAAUAUCUGGGAAAUAUUGCAGAGAGGGCUUGCUGCUGUACAUUUUGCAGGUGUCCAGGGAUUCCAGGACCUCAAGGGACCCGAGGACUACCAGCUUCGAAGGGUUCUCCAGGUCUCAAAGGCAGCAGAGGACACAGGGGAGAGAGUGGAGACCCUGGAGGACGAGGAGAUACUGGACCCCAAGGAGAUAAAGGGACUGCAGGAUGUCCAGGGGAGCAGGGUCAGAAGGGAGCCAGAGGAUUUCCUGGAUAUAAGGGAGAAUAUGGAGCUGAUGGGAUUGCUGGACUCGAUGGGGAAGAGGGUGUUCAUGGAUUUCCUGGAAAAAAGGGAGAAAAAGGUGAUCCAGGAUCCCAGGGCCGCCCAGGUUCCAGAGGCCCCCCUGGGGGAUACGGGGAGAAGGGCUUCCCAGGGGACCCUGGUAAUCCAGGACGAAACAGUGACAUCAAAGGACAAAAGGGCUCCCGAGGAGAACAAGGAAGACAAGGUAGAACCGGACAGAAAGGAACGCAAGGCAGUCCUAAUUCCAGAGGAGGCAGGGGCAGAGAAGGCCAGAGGGGGCUCCAGGGCACCCCGGGGGUGCCGGGAGAUCCUGGAGCUGAAGGUGCACAGGGAGCUGAGGGACCACAAGGCCCACAGGGGUUAAAUGGAAUUCCUGGCAGGAAAGGAGAGAAGGGAAGCGAAGGCCAUAAAGGACCUCAGGGUUCUCCUGGGCCAGUGGGAGUGAAAGGGAGCAUUGGAGCACCUGGACUUUUGGGGAAAAAAGGACAACCUGGAAUUCUUGGAGUUCCUGGGCCAGUGGGGCAAGAUGGACAGCGAGGAAAACAGGGAGAUCACGGCAUCCCAGGCUAUGGUUCUAUAGGUCGAAAAGGAAUAAAGGGCCCAAGAGGAUUCCCUGGAGAUAUGGGGCAAAAGGGUGAUGCUGGUGAUCCUGGAAUUCCUGGGAGGCCGGGACCCAAAGGAUCUAGGGGAUUAACACUCCAUGUGGGCUGGAAAGGUGAGGAGGGAUCUCGAGGAGACCAAGGCCCUCCUGGACGGAAAGGCGCUAAAGGCAUGCCGGGCAAGUCUGAAUAUUCUCAAUGUGAUCUGAUCAAGCGCAUACGGACUCUUAGUCCUUGUUGGAAAGAAAAGUGUCCGGUGUAUCCAACAGAACUGGUAUUUGCCCUGGACCAGUCCUACGGUAUCACAGAACGGAGAUUUAAUGAAACAAGAGAUAUCAUCACUUCUAUUGUCAAUGACCUUGACAUCAGGGAAAAUAAUUGCCCUGUGGGAGCAAGAGUUGUUGUGGUUUCCUACAACUCAGACACCAGCUAUCUCAUCCGUCAGUCUGAUUACCGUAGCAAGAAGCAACUCCUCCAGCUCCUUUCCCAAAUAAAAUAUCAAAUCCCCACAGAAGCCCGAGACCUUGGUAAUGCGAUGAGGUUUGUGGCCCGAAAUCUUUUCAAGCGGACAUAUGCAGGAAACAACGUGAGGAAAGUCGCUGUGUUUUUUAGCAAUGGAGAAGCAGCCAGUAGGUCGUCCAUCAUCACGGCCACCAUGGAGCUUAGCGCCCUGGAUAUCAGUCCGGCGGUCUUUGCUUUUAAUGAACGGAAUUUCCUUGAUGAGGUUUUUGGGUUUGACAAGACUGGAACAUUUCAGGUGAUUCCAGUUCCUCCAAAUGGGGAAUAUGUACCACCGGAAAGAUUUCGGCACUGUACACUUUGCUAUGAUAAAUGUUUUCCAAAUUCUUGCGCCAAAAAGGUAUUUUUCCCUGAAAAUGCGUACAUCGAUGUGGCCUUCCUCUUAGAUAAUUCUCGGAAUAUAGCAAAUGAUGAGUUUAAAGCUAUGAAAACCUUGGUGAUCUCCAUGCUUGACAACUUCGACAUUGCUUCCAACCCUUUAACCUCAGACUCUGGUGACAGGAUUGCCUUGUUGACCUAUUCUCCUGGGGAUAGUUCUAGGAGAAAGAUGGGUGCAGUAAAACCAGAAUUUGAGUUUACGACUUAUGUCAAGGAAGACGUAAUGAAGAGCCACAUCCAGACUAUCCUCCAGCAGCUAAAUGGAGAAACCACUAUUGGCCAUGCCCUACUGUGGAUCAUGCAGAAUCUCUUCCCAAAAACUCCCAACCUGAGAAAACACAAGGCUAUCUUUGUGGUCUCAGCUGGAGAAAAUCAUGAGAGAAAGGAAUUCUUAACGAAGAUGGCUCUGAGGGCCAAGUGUCAAGGCUAUGUUAUAUUUGUGAUUUCCCUGGGCUCUACACAUGAGGAUGACAUGGAGGAGUUAGCCAGCUACCCACUUGAUCACCAUCUGAUACAGCUUGGGAGAAUUCAUAAACCAGAUCUGGAUUAUAUUGUGAACUUUUCAAAGCCAUUUGUAUACUCAAUCAGACGAGAAUUUAAUCAGUACCCACCACUGAUGCUUGACAAUGCCUGCAGACUCAUCCUUUCAGAAGAAGAGGAUCAUCAACAUAGUGGUCUCCUAUUUAUUCCUGAGCCACAUGAGGUUUCUUUAAGAGAGAACAGCUUCACUGACGAGGAAUUAAGUACUGUGAGAGACUCAUCUUUUGUCUUGGAGGAUAAUGGAAGUGACCAUUUGGUUUACACUCCAAGCCAAAUGUUUAUGCCACAGAAAUUAACAAUUAAAUAUGAAAAAGAUAAGGGUUCUGAAGACAUUGCAAGUCUCAAUUCUGGACAUGAAAACCAUGGCAGAAAAGAAGGACCAGGUCUUACUUAUGAACCUGGAGAUGCCUCUCAUCAAGCAUAUUACAUGGAUGUGGCUUUCCUCAUAGAUGCUUCCCAAAGAGUAGGAAGUGAUGAGUUUAAGGAAGUGAAAGCUUUUAUCGCCUCGGUGCUUGAUUACUUUCACAUUGCCCCAGAUCCUCUGACCUCCCCCUUAGGAGAUAGAGUGGCAGUCCUGAGCUACUCUCCUCUAGGCUAUAUGCCCAACACUGAAGAAUGCCCUGUUUACCUGGAAUUUGAUUUGGUUACUUAUAACAAUAUAUACCAAAUGAAACAUCAUCUCCAAGACUCUCUUCAACAGCUCAAUGGAGAUGUUUUUACUGGCCAUGCCCUGCAAUGGACAAUUGACAAUGUCUUUGUAGGAACCCCCAACCUGAGGAAAAACAAAGUUAUCUUUGUUAUAUCUGCUAGCGAAACCAACCCCUUAGACAAGGAAGUCUUAAGAAGUGUAUCUCUGAGAGCCAAGUGUCAGGGCUACUCUAUUUUUGUAUUUUCCUUUGGUCCCAUACACAAUGACAAGGAAUUAGAAGAAUUAGCCAGCCGCCCACUGGAUCAUCACUUAGUUCAGCUUGGCCGAACCCACAAGCCAGAUUUGAACUAUUUCGUCAAGUUUGUCAAGCCAUUUGUCCAUUCGAUCAGACGUGCCAUCAACAAAUAUCCCCCUGCAGAUCUGAGACCCAAGUGUGUUAACAUCAGCUCUCCCAACCCAGAGAACGAUGGCACAGAAAACUCUGUUUUCUUUAUUCCUGAGGUGUAUGAAAUAGAGACAGAAAACAGUGAGCUGUUUGGUGAAUUUGGUUCCCAGGAGCAGCAUGUCUUUGUAGUAGGGAGCAAUCACAGUAGUGGUUCUGAGAUCACUACUGAUUUGAUCCGGAAGUUAUACAUGCUCUUUUCAACUGGGGAACUGAUGAUGAAAGACAAGGAGGAGGCACAUUCAGAAGAAACUGCAGCUCCAGCAAAUGAUAAACAACAAAAUAAAAAAGAUGGUGAGGAUGCAAGAUGAUCAUAGCAGCAAAGAAGAUAGCUCCAUUGGCAUGUGUAAUUCCAUGUGGUUGUAACCAGAGAGCAUAAAUCAUCUGUUAGAGGUGGAGCAUUAGGUGGCAGGAAUUUUUCAUGAAAAGAAUUGGCUAGUUACAUGCUAAAUUUGUUCUGUUUCAAAUCUGAGGGAAACACAUUUCUGAGUGAAGACAUCAAUGAACAGGCCUGAGAAACUAGAAAUGAUUUUGUUUCUCCUGAGAAUUGGGACAACUGACCUUGAAGAGUUGACUGAAUUUUUUCUUUGACAGCUCUGUAUGGGUCAGGCAUCAAUUCCAAUGAUGUAUCUGCCUAAAUAAGAUUUCUGUCAUAAUUUUCAUCCUAUCUAUACCUCAAAUGGGACUUGAGUAAAAAGCAGUUACAAUUAGAAUUUUCUGGGAAUGUCUUCUAGCUAUUCAUAGAACUAGACACCCAUGCCUAUGUCUUCAGUUCUGAUAAGACCCCAAUGUUGCAUCUAGCACUGAUUGCCCUGUAAAACCCACCUGUGAGGCUGCCAUCACCAUAGUCAAUGCUUGCUCUUUACCAAGACAUUUACAAAAGAACGGAAUUUGUGAGAAAGAAAAAAGUGAAACGAGGCUAAUUGUAUGAACUUCUAUUUUGUGCUGUCAUCAUUUGUUUUAUGUUUUGGUAUACUUUGCUUUGUGUGUACUUGAUUUUUGCUGCAAAAAACAAAACAUUAUGAAAAAGGAUGACCGGUUCUGUAUGACCGGAAUGCUUCUUGGGAAUUACAACAUGGCAAGAGACAAGUUCUGAAAUAAAAGCAAGUCUGACCUGGAA